AUGAAGCUCAAUUACUUAGAUCUCGGACUCUGCAUGCACUUUAAGCACAUCGACGGCAACGGUCUCAUCGCAACAUAUACGAACUCAUCGGGGACGGUUAGUCCUGCCGACGAUAUACGAAUGGACAGCCGACACAAGAAUGCGUGUCCCAUUCAAACUUUCGUCGGCUCAAAAGCAAGCAACGUGUGGGACCACACGGACGAAGCUAGUAUCCCCACCGGCGAGACACACAACGAAAAUAAUCGUCCGAGAGCAAUGGUUGAGGAGCAUUUCGAGAUUAAACUACCAGGUCAGUGGAGAGCAACUUUCGACAUCUGUCUGAAACCCAGUAACAACGCCAAGCAGAAGUGGUUUGAAGUAGUUAGCCAAGAGGCAGCAGGCUUCUAG